AAACUUUUGAACUUUGGAAAAAAUAUUUUCUCUGCUCAUUUUACUUGUAAUAUGCUCUUUGAAUGAUAAAUUAAUAUAUGUUUUAUGUGCAUAGUAGUGGAAAAAAUUAGGAGAUAAUAAUGGCUGCUUCAUGCUGCCCAUCACAUCUACAUACAUGGAAGAAAUUAGGAAUCUUCUCUGCACGAUUAAAAAAAAUUAAAAAGUUUUCAACAACUUCAAAUUCAAAUGCAAAUCAUGGGGGAGGUACAUUGAAAUCAAAAUACGAUGCUGUUAUAAUUGGAGGAGGUCAUAAUGGCCUAGUGGCGGCUGCAUACAUGCAAAAAGCAGGACUAGAUGUUUGUGUGCUUGAAAGACGUCACGUCAUCGGAGGUGCAGCAGUCACAGAAGAAAUGGUGCCAGGAUUCAAGUUUUCUCGGGCAUCUUAUGUUCUCAGUUUACUCCGUCCACAGAUCCAUGAUGAACUAGAACUGAAGAAACAUGGCUUGAAGGUCCAUCUGAGGGACCCCAACUCAUUCACUCCUCUUCGCGACCCAGGACCUGAUGGCAAGUACAAGUCUCUAACACUGGGCAGGGAUGAGAAGCUGACUGCUGAAUCAAUUGCUCAAUUUUCUGUCAAAGAUGCCCAGAACUAUGCCAAGUAUGAAGAGUGGCUAAAUGAGCUAGUGGUUGCCAUAGAUCCCUUACUUGACAACAUGCCCAUCAGUCCUGUACAUGCUCGUUCUAUGAGGGAGAAAAUAGACAUGUUGCCUGCUAUAAAAGCACUUACUAUGACAGGCAGACUACUUGGUAAAAACAUUCCUGGGUUCUAUGAACUGCUUACAGCUCCUGCCUCAAAGGUGUUAGGUAAAUGGUUUGAAUCUGAGCCUCUAAUUGCUACCUUAGCAACUGAUGGUGUGAUUGGUGCUAUGAUCAGCCCUGACACACCUGGUAGUGGCUAUGUGUUGCUACAUCACGUCAUGGGGGAACUUGAAGGUAUAAAGGGGGCCUGGGGUUAUGCAGAGGGUGGUAUGGGGGCUGUCUCACAGGCCAUAGCUAACUCUGCACAGUCUCAUGGUGCUAGUAUUUUUACAGAAAAGGCUGUAGAUAGAAUAGUAACUGAUGCAGACAACCAGGCCACUGGGGUUGUCUUAAUAGAUGGCACUGAAGUAAAGGCAGAUAUUGUCAUGUCUAAUGCAACACCCAAGAUCACAUUCCUGGACCUUUUAGAAAAGAACAGCCUACCUGAGGAGUUCAUCAAUGAAGUGUCUGCCAUAGACUAUACAUCUCCAGUCACAAAGAUAAAUGUUGCUGUCAAUAAGCUGCCAAACUUCCUAGCCAAACCUAACAUUGGAACAGAACCUAUGCCACAUCACAGGGCAACAAUACAUAUGAACUGUGAGAAUACUAGUCUCGUAAUGGACUCAUACAGAGAUGCAGUUGAUAAGGGAAUACCUUCUAAGAGGCCAAUGAUUGAAAUGACGAUACCAUCCAGUCUUGAUAAGACUAUAGCACCCCCUGGCUGCCACGUGGUGCUUCUUUUCACACAGUACACGCCAUACUCUCUCCCUGGGGGUGAGACCUGGACAGAUGAGCGCAGAAAUCAAUACGCAGAUACAGUGUUUGACUGUAUUGAGGAGUAUGCCCCAGGAUUCAAGGAGAGCGUGGUUGGUAGAGAUAUCUUGACUCCCCCUGACCUAGAGAAAACAUUUGGCCUGACUGGUGGGAAUAUAUUCCAUGGUGGUAUGGCCUUAGAUCAGUUGUACAUGUGUCGUCCAGUGCCGUCCUACUGCAACUACCGUUCUCCAAUAAAAGGACUCUACCUCUGUGGAAGUGGGACACAUCCUGGUGGAGGUGUUAUGGGGUCACCAGGAAGAUUGGCUGCUCUAGCUGCUGUGAAGGACAACUAGGAAAUGUCAUUGGCCACUACAUCAUCUCACAACCUAACUCACACCUCAUAAGCCCUGUGAACAUUUGACCUUGCAGUAUAUACGGGGUAUAUAUACAUACAAUAACAUGAUGAGUUUGGUGGAAAUCCUGCCUACUGUGAAAAAUGUAAAAACAUUUUUAGUUUAGUUAUUUUCAGUCCCAUAAGAAUAUAAAUGACGUUGAAGAGCAAGUGAUUUCCAUGUAAUAUGUUCAAGUAUGAUAUUUACCAGGGUUCCAGAAUGCUUCAAAUUAUAAGGUGUUAAAACGUGUUGUCACAGCAUUUUCUGAUCCUUCACAGUCUUUUACUUUUUCUCUAAAAUACAAUAUGAUAUUAGUAAUUUAAAAGUGUGUAUUGCGGGCCCCCUAAUAUGUAUUAUAUAAAUCAGACAUUCAUCGAUUUUAUAAGGCUGUGAUAGCUAUAUUGAUAACC